AUGAACAAUACCAAUGCACGACAGAGCUUUGGCAGUUUUAUCUCCCACAAGUUACGUAGACUCUCCAACGAAGGGGGCGUACCAAGACUGCUUGAAGACGAAGGCUUGGAGGGGGAACAGGAGAGGGAUCCAGACACGGCCCAUCCCGGACUCAUCCUGUCUGAGGGUCAGAAAAGCGUGAGAGAUGGAGAAAAAACUCAAGCCCUGCCCAACAAUCCUGAGAGAUUUGACACAUUUGGUGCUGUGCUGGGCCGUGAGGGAUUCCCAGCAGGCCGCCAUUUCUGGGAAGUCCUUGUGGGAAGUGAGGGAGAAUGGGCUGUGGGGGUGGCCAGAAAGUCUGUGAGGAGGAAGGGAGGCAUCACCUUUAGUCCUGAGGAAGGGUUCUGGGAGGUGGGGAAGUGGGGAGGCAGAUUCAGGGCUUCUGAAAAAGACCCUGACCCUUUCGAGGCCCUGACCAGGGAGCUGAAGAGGAUCCGAGUGUGCCUGAACUACACUGGGUGUCGAGUGGCCUUUUUUGACGCUGACCGAGCAGCCCUUCUCUACGAGUUCUGUGGAGCCUCCUUCUCUGGAGAGACCCUCCUGCCUUUCUUUUGGUUGCAUUCAAAAGGCCACCUCGAAAUCUCUUAAGAAUUUUUCUCCACUCCAGGACCAUCGAUAAGAAAAUAUUAUUUCUCAAGAGCCCCCCUUUUUUGAGUCUCUGGGCUCCCAGCCACCAAAAGUGUCCUGAGUAAAAUGGAGACUUUUUUCCUCUCCCUUUCCCAACAUUCCUUUUCCUCCUUUUGUAUCAUUUCUGAAAGUGACAAUGCCUUUCACAUUAUAAAGAAUAACAGGCUGGUUCUAAAGGAGAGCUCCACACACAACCCCCCUGGGCCCUCUUCAGCCUCCAUUUUCCUCAAGCAUGGGAGGGACCCCUACAGAGGAAAAUGAGGCCCUGCACGUUUAAAUUACUAUUCAGGACUGUUUCUUUCCUUUGCUUUAAUGGGCAUCAUUUGUUAGGAUUUGCCCAUGUUCAGCCUACCCUUUCUGAAGGGCACUGAAGAUCCUGUCCGUAUCCAGGUUGCUGUUUUCAUAGCACUUGUGUUUCAAUUAUAUCAGAGGUUGAAAAGAUUUUCUGAUUGUAAUAAAG